AUGGCAACAACAGAAACAACUUUAAUAUCGAAUAUACAAUAUUGUAAUAUAAUAUCGUCCGAUGAAUACCUUAAUUUUGAUGAGUUAUUCUCGUCAUCUCUCGAUGUUAUUUUUAACGACGAAUAUGACAGUGAUUUAAUUUCAUAUGAUGAUGCAAUAAAAACAGAGGAAAAUGAAGAAACAUCAUCACCUAUGAUAAAUCAAUGUCAAAUAGAAAAAUUAUCAACAAAUAAUUUAGCUAUAGAAUAUCAUUUACCAAAUCUUAUUUGUCGUGUUUGUGGUUCCCCGGCACAUGGCUAUAAUUUUGAUCAAAUCACUUGUGAAUCAUGUAAAGCAUUUUUUCGUCGUAAUGCUUUGAAAGAUAUGGCUAAUAUAAAAUGUCGUUUUACCGGUACAUGUCUUAUUACUAAACAAACACGACGUCAAUGUACGUAUUGUCGAUUAAAGAAAUGUUUUGAUAUAAAAAUGCGUAAAGAUUGGAUUCGUACUGAAGAAGAACGUAAAUUAAGACGACUACAAGAUUCAGCAAGAGAAAAAAAGAAAUCGAUUAAUGAUAAACAACCUCUUAGUAAUUAUCCAAUUGUUAUACGAAGGAAAAAACGUUUAACAGCAAUAUUAGAACAACUUUCUAUUCCAACAUUUAAUAUCCUAAAUAAUUUUUUUACCUUAAAUCGAAAUUUAUCUGAGGAUAAUCGAGCUUUAUUAAAUAAUAUCACAAUUUCUUUUCAAUCGAGUACUAAUCAUAUCGAUGGUUUCCGUAUAAAUAAAACUACAGUACCUGCAUGUCUAGUAGAAUAUCUGAAUGGUGAAAGUCUUGCAUACGAAUCAUUAAUUUGUUUUUAUAAACGUAUACCGGAAUUUAAACAAUUGGAUUUAUCAGAUCAAAUUCUAUUAAUAAAACGUAAUCAACUUGAUGCUAUGCAUGUACAUUAUAUAUUAGUACGAAAUUUUCAAGAAAAUUUAUUAGUUGGAAAAUUAAUGACAAAAUGGGUAAAUGCAGAAUUUCAUCAAGAAAUGUCACGAACACGUCAUUAUUUCGAUUAUUUUAUCGAACAUCCAAUCAUAUUGAAAUUAUCACUUAUCGUUCUUGUAUUUAGUAUGAGUUUAUCUGUACCACGCUAUAAUGAUCAAUUUAUUGAUUAUCAAAAUCAAAAAAAAAUUUAUGAAAAUCAAAAUUAUUAUAUAUCAUUACUUUGGCAUUAUUUAAAUCAUGUAUUUGGAGAAGUAGAAGCAAUUCGAUCAUUACAAGUUAUAGUUACACAAACGAUACGUUUUCAAACAUUAAUGUAUAGAUUUGAGCAAGCCAUACAACGGGAUAGAAAUCGUUAUACAUUCAAUCAAUUAAUGCAAACUAUAAUUCAAUUUAAAUAA